GGAGGGAGAGAGAGAGAGAUCAGAGAGACUGAGGCACAGGCAAUGGGAGUAAUAUAGCCCACUGCACAGGGUUGGGGGGGGGGGCAGAGAAAAUGCCACAUAACACCACCGAUUGAGGAUUUAAAAAGGGGGAGGGGGGAGCGGGAUGGUUAUUCAUCCUCUGCUUUGACCAGCGUGUGUUGGGCUCUGAGUGAAUCCGAUCCGGGAGACUGCUUGGAGAAGCAAACACACAGCAGCAGCACAAUAUCAAGAGAGGAGUGAUGCACACACACAAAGGGAGAGCGGGUUUGCUCUCGUGUGUGGCACGGCCGAGGUGGCUGGCUGCAUCGCCGCAGGGAUGGAGACCGUGAACGGGAGCGCUGAGAUCAAGCAGCAGUACGCGGCGGAGAAGAAGCGGCUGAACCGAGCUCCCUCGCCCGCCAGACCCCUGAAGGAGCUGCACUGCCGAGCGGUGGCCAAACCUGCGCUGAACCCUUGCAAGCCCGGGACCCUGCCCUCCUCGCCGGGCUCCCUCUCUCUAACCAAGCAGCAGCAGCCGUCGCCGCCGCCGCCGCCGCAGCAGCAGCAACAGGUCGCCGGGGUGCUGGCUCCACAGAGCAGACCGUCCCGAAGGAGCAACGCUCCGGGCUCCAAGGACAAAGCGUCGGCGCCCAAAGGCGGCGUGUCCGGCGCCAAGACCUCGCUGUCGGUCAGCCACUUCGCCAAGAGGGCUUCGUCCAAAGGCCACCACGAGAAGGGGGGCAAACAGCAGCAGCAGCUGCCGCCGGGGCACGGAGCGGAGCAUCAGCACAAGAGCCAGGGGAGGAGGGUCAAGAAAUGCCUGGUGGCCGAGCCCGGGGCGGCCGCCUUGCUGGCCGGCAGCCUGGCGUUGGCGCUGACCAAGCCCAGCCACACCGACAGCAGCUCCGACCUGUCGGACUGCGCCUCCGAGCCGCUGUCGGACGAGCAGCGGCUGCAAGCGCCGGAGGCGGCCAGCACCAGCGACGCCGAGUCGUGCGCCGGUUCCAGCGACGCCGAGGGCGGCAAGAGAAGCAAAGCGGCGGCCGGAGCGCCCAAUCUCGGCCCGGAACAGGCGCAGCGCGGGGAACAGCAGCAGCAGCGCCCUUCGCCCCUCAAAGGAGGAGGCGAGGGGCCGAAGACGGGCUCCUCGGCGAACGGUAGGCACGGCGCCAGAGCCGGCAAAGCCCGCAACCCGUCCGAGCUGUCGCCGAGCGGGGGCGGCGCGCUGGAGGCGGAGCUGCUGAGAGAAAUCGAGGAAGUCCGCUCCGAGAAUGAUUACCUGAAGGAUGAGCUGGAUGAGCUGCGAUCUGAGAUGGAAGAAAUGCGGGACAGCUAUUUGGAGGAGGACGUGUAUCAGCUGCAGGAACUGCGUAGAGAGCUGGAUCGCUCCAACAAAAACUGCCGGAUCCUGCAGUACCGCCUCAGGAAAGCUGAACAGAAGAGUUUGAAGGUUGCUCAGACUGGCCAGGUUGAUGGGGAACUGAUAAGAAAUCUGGAGCAAGACUUGAAGGUUGCCAAAGAUGUGUCUGUGCGCCUGCACCACGAACUGGAGAACGUUGAGGAAAAACGCGUCAACGUGGAAGAUGAGAACGAAUCCCUUCGACAAAGGCUCAUUGAAGUCGAAAUCUCCAAACAAGCAUUGCAGAAUGAACUGGACAGGAUCAAAGAGAGCUCUUUGAAGAGAAGGGGAAGCCGAGAGCUGUACAAGGAUAAGAAAAGUGCUACUCAGGAAGAUAGCGCUGACCUCAGAUGCCAGCUCCAGUUUGCAAAGGAGGAAGGCUCCUUGAUGCGCAAGAAAAUGGCCAAGCUGGGGAGGGAGAAGGACGAGCUGGAACACGAGCUGCAGAAGUACAAGUCCAUCUACGGCGACGUGGACAGCCCGCUGCCCACCUGCGAGGCCGGGGGACCGCCCAGCACCAGGGAGGCCGAGCUGAAGCUGCGGCUGAAGCUGGUGGAGGAGGAGGCCAACAUCCUGGGCCGGAAGAUCGUGGAGCUGGAGGUGGAGAACAGGGGCCUGAAGGCCGAGAUGGACGACCUGAAGUGCCAGCACGACCGCGACGGCCCGGGCCGGGAGCCCCACCCCAACGUGCCCAGCUCACCUUUCGCCGCCGACUCAUGCGAGUCGGCCGGCGAGCUGCGCCGCCACCUGCAGUUCGUGGAGGAGGAGGCGGAGCUGCUGCGGCGGUCCAUCGGCGAGAUCGAGGACCACAACCGGCAGCUGACCGACGAGCUGAACGUGCUGAGGGGAGGGCCGGACGCCGGCUGGGCGGCGGCGGCGGCGGCCGAGGAGGCGGGCGGUGGCGGCGCGCUGCAGGAGGAGCUGAAGGCGGCGCGGCUGCAGAUCAACGAGCUGAGCGGGAAGGUGAUGAAGCUGCAGUACGAGAACCGCGUGCUCAUCUCCAACGUGCAGCGCUGCGACCUGGCCUCGCACCUGGGACCGCGCCCCGCCGCCCCCGCCAGCGACGCCGACGCCGACAGCGACCCGGGCCGCAAGGAGAGCGACGACGGCGGCGACGACGACGGCCGCCCGCCCGCCCCCCAGCCCAAGCGGGAAGGCCCGAUCGGCGGCGAGAGCGACUCGGAGGAGGUGUGCUGCGAGAAGACGCCCGAGCAGCUGCUGCUGCUGCUGCGCAAGCGGGAGGACACCGAGUCGCUGGUGGGCAUCAAGCGGGAGGCCGAGCGGCUGGGCCGCACGGUGCAGCGGCUCAUCACCGACACCGACAGCCUCAUCUACGACGCCAAGCUGCUGGUGACCAGCGCCGGCCCCGGUCAGGACGGCGAGCCCGAGCUGCUGGACACCAUCAGCACCAGGAUGAAGGCGUUCCGCUCCGAGCUGCACGCCUUCAUGGACAGUGUGGACCACCUGGGCGAAGGGCUGCGGGAGCAAAUGGACGAGCUGUCGCCCGUGCCCAACCUGACCGAGUCUGCAAGCUUCCUCUCCUCUGUCACCUCCAUGUCCCGGGACUCUCCGGUGGGCACGCUAGGGAAGGAGCUGGUUACCGACUUUCAGUCCAAACUGAGGGAUCAGCCAGAAUGGCAGCUAGUCCCCGAACACACACAAGAGCAAGAGACCCUUCAAAAUCGAGGCGCAAUGGACCAAAGCCGCAAAGCUGAUGGAGACUACAAAGUUUAUGGAAUGGAAGGCAAGAACUGCUUCAGUCCAGAGCUCAGGGAGCCCCAUGUUUUACCAGAGCAGAAUCUAUCUGUUCAAGAACUACAGGUUCGGCUAGAACAGGAAAGACAGCUUCGAGAGGAUGAAAAUGAAAAAUUCACCAGCAAGAUUCUUCAGAUUGAAGAGGAAAACCAGAAGAACCUGCUCAGGAAAGAUUAUGAAGUGCAAAGCCUAAACCUGCAGAACAGGCUAGAGCAAAAGUCUUGGAGUCACGAGAGGACACUGCUACUGCAGGAGAUGAGAAUGUUCAAACACAACACCUUUCUGUUCUACGUCAAACUCAAAUGGUUGCUCAAGCACUGGCGGCAAGGCAAAAAAGUAGAGUAUGGUGGGGAGGACAUAUUGGAGCUUGAACAGAUUGAAAGCCUGCCUGAAUUUAACAUGCUUCUUGAACAGACAGAGCUGGACCUUGACCAAGAGGACAGUGGCUAUGUGCUGACUGAAUACUCCCAACUUUCCCCUUCAGAGAGUGAUGACUACAGGCCUCAGCUACAGACAAAAGAGUUACUACAGCACCAGAAGCAGGCCAGAGAAAACCGAAGGAUCCUAAUUGCUCUGAAGUCCAUUUUGGAAGAGUUUGGUGCUGAGCUUGGGGAGGAAGAGAAACGUCGCCAUGAACUGCAGCAGCAGUAUGUCAAUGAGAAAGCUGCCUGGGAAAUGGAAUGCACUGAGCGAAAGUGUCAACUGGCCCAGUUUGAAAAGAAAAUUGGGAAACAGUCAUCCAGCAAGAAGGUCUCCAAUGAUCCCAAAGAAAUGUUCACGCAGGAGCGAGAGGAGCACCGGAAGCUGCUGGCGGACAGUCACAGUCAGGUCAUGGAUCUGCACUGGCAGCUGCAGCACGCUGAGAAGAACUGGAAGCGAGAGAAGGGGGAGCUGCUGGAGAAGUUUGACCGAGAGCGGCGAGAGUGGGAGUGGCAGAUUAAAGAGCUGCAGAGCAAGCUGGAGCAGCUUCAGACAGAGUCCAAGCUUUGGAGAGGAGAAAGCCAUUUUACUGACCAACAGGAGCCAGUGCUGGAAGCCUUGGAACCUUGCCCAGUGCAAGAGAGCAUCCACAAUCGUCGCUCACAAGGCCGCAGGCCUUUCUGGGAACCUGAGCAACAGCAAUGCAGAGAGCAAGUUUCCUUUGCUCUGAAGGAAGGUGACAAGUUCCAUGCUCCUCCAAAGUUGUUCCCUGAUGCCUUGUCACUCGGAUCAGUGGGUAAUGCCAAGGUCCCUCAGCCUUGCAACUUGGAAAAUGAGAGGAAAAAAAUUGCAGUCUGCAUUGGCGAGGCUCUGAGUGAAAUUUGUGGGACAAAGGAUGCUGCUGAGUUUCAAGAAGAAGAAACUCGUAAAGCAAAUCUUCAGAGGGCAAAGUCUGUUUCCUCCAUGUCAGAGUUCCAACGCUUGAUGGACAGUUCUCCAUUUCUCCCCGAGAAGCACUUCGUUGGCAGUCCCGAUCAACACGCAUACAUCACCAAGGAUGAGACCACCCCACCAUUGUCUCCAGAUGACUUGAAGUAUAUUGAAGAAUUUAAUGGGAAAAGCCUGGAGUACACUAGCAAAGAUAAACCAGCAGAAGCCUGGCUGGAAAAGAAUGAAGGUGAAAAAACAGUGAGCAGUUUACCAGCAGAGCCCUUCCAGCCUAACUCGUGGUUCCUCACAACCAGUGUCACGAUGACAACCAACACAAUGAGCGGGCAGGAUUCCACUCAAAAACAGCUACAGCGUGGCAACAUGGGCCCAGAUAAAAUAGGAAUGCGACUGUAUCAUAGCCCCCCAGUGAUCCGUAGGUUCGAUGGGUCAACGCGACCUAACAAUGAUGGGAUGAAAGUGCCAGAUCCAGACUUCGCUUUUUCCAGGAUCAAGUCAAAUGGGAAUGAGCCAAAGGGAGGAUCACCUAAUGUAUUUGGAAGAUGGCCAUGUGAGAUUGGCAAACACCACAAAGAUCUGCUGGAGGGUGGUCUCCAUCCCAUGGAGCACCCAAUCUGUAGCACUGUAGGCUUCGCUUCAUCGCUGCAUGAUCUUAACAUAUCUGGCAACAUGAGUGAUGACAUGAAAGAAGUAGCUCAUUCAGUCAUGAGUCGAAUACGAUCAAACUCAAUGGAGCCCCAGUUCAAAGACAUUGCCUGUCAGACUAUCGGUGCUACAAGUACAGGAACACAAACCACGCAGACCAUCAGUGUAGGUUUGCAGACUGAGUGUCUUAGGAACAUCACCAACAGCCCGCACAAGUGUUUGACACCAAGGGGAGGUUCAACUCCUGUAUCCUCACCCUCUCGAAGUUUGCGGAAUAAGCAGGUGGCACCAGUAGUUGAGAAAAUGCAGGCAAAGUUCGAACGAGCAUGCUGCUCACCCAAAUAUGGCUCCCCGAAGCUACAAAGAAAGGGUUCUGCAAAAUCAGAUCAACCGAAGGAUCGAAUUUUGCCCACUACACCACAGAAGGGAUUCAAUGAAUCAGCCUGGGCGAGAUCAACCACCACCCGAGACAGUCCCGUUCACACCACCAUUAAUGAUGGCCUUUCGAGUUUGUUUAAUAUCAUAGAUCACACACCUAUAGCUUGUGACGGUGUGCAAAGAUUGUCCAGGUCUGUGAGUAGAUCAAAGCCUGCAGAACCCAGGUCGAAUUAUGUCUUAGUUCAGGAGUUUCUGAAGACUGUCCGUGGCCGAUCGCCAAGUCCAGUCUGCGUGACAGUGGAAUCAGAGAUGGAAACAGAUGGUGAAGAUCUUGUUGGGAAGCAGGAACUGUCUACUUCUCCAGGAUACAGCCUUACUGAAAGCCCUGCCAGGAUCUUAAACAAACAACUACUUGAACAGGCCCUUAAUGAGGAACAAAGUCAAGCUAAGAACAACCAGAAAUCUGCCAAUGAUGAUAGUAAGGCAGAAGAUGGAGAUGGAAUUUCCCCAAACUCCCUUGAGGAGUUACCUUGGUCCUCAGUAGCUCCAACACUGGAACCCUGCUUCUCACGGCCUGCCAGGCCAGCCAACCAGCGUCCACCAUCGCGAUGGGCUUCACGCUCCCCUUCUGCCUCCCAGUCUUCAUCCUCUGGGGAUUUAGUUUGCAUCAGUCAACCCAGAACUGGUGAACCACCUGCAACGGAUCAAGAACAUGACCCAGAGCACAAGCCUGCAUAGUACACAAGUUAAUAACAAAGAACACUGUAAUUCACAGUCCCAGUGACCCUAUGUAGUGGACAAUCCUACUCAACGUUCACGAUUAUGAAGGAUUCAACAAAUCAGGAAUGAACUGUUGUGUAUCAAACCUAUAACAUAAGUGCUAUGUCUGUACUCCAGAUUGAGAGUACUAUCCAUACGGAUGGCUGUAAAGAUGGGAAUUUCUUUGCUUGUAAUGCAGUGGUUUAUGAGUCUCUGUUAAUUUUAUUUAGCUAUUUCGCUAAGCAAAGCAAUUUGAAAGGUGCACAGUGUAGACUUUGAAGAUAUGCUCCUUCCAUCCUCUGCUCUUCCAUCAAUGGGGCUGUGUGGUGAGGAUUUAUUUUUUUCACUGCAAGUUAAGUUCUCAAACCAAGUGACAUGUAUUCAGUGUCAUUUUCCUGGCAGCUGGAAAUCUAGUGAUUACAGUGCUGAGCCCCUAAAUAAGACAGUGGGUGGAUGUGGUAUCCAUGUUCCCAGUGCUGCCUCUAACACAUGUCUGCGACUGCAAUUGGGAUGAACUUUCCUAUGUUUUUAAGCCAGAUCAUUUGCUUCAGCUCCAUCAGUGGGGAGAUGGAGCUGCUUAGUUCUACCCUGUCAAAGAUGCUUUGGCUGGCCCCCAAGUUGCAGUGCAGGUACGACUUGAAUCAUCCUGCCAUUCCUGAUGGUUGAACAGAGGGAUUAGACCGAUUCAAGUUGGGGAACUUUUAUCCAGUGAAAAAAAUUCCGAUUAAUGCAAAAAAAUGUUUAAAAGUAUUACUACAAUAAAAAAUUUAUAACUAUUAUAUCUACAAAGUCUUGUAUUUCAUUGCUUACAGUAGCUUCACAAUAUUACCAUACACCAUUGCACGCCUCAGUAAGAUGGCUAUGAUGCCAAAGUAUUUGCCUGUAAAAGGUACACUAUACAAUAGACGAAGAUGCUCGAGAAGUUGAAGGGGUUGGAGUGGUCUCUCAGUAAUUUGGGCUGCCUUUCUUUUACAUUGCACUGUAUUGGUUUCCAUGUAAAAUAGUCCUAAUUAUAUUCUUUUAAAAAAAACAUUAAUUUUUAUUUUACUAUUGAUGCCAGUGCGACUUUGUAAAGUGCUUCAUAUGGAUUGAAGCUUUAGUUAGAAUGACACAGAGUUUACGGUGCUCUCGAGUAGAGCGAGGGGUAUCGUCUAGGUUUAGGGACAAAAAAGAAACUAUAUUGAAUAGAGUUUUAAUUUUUUUUUGCUAGAGCAUAAAGCAAAAAAGAAGAGAGAUAAGGACAGUCUUAAUAAGUUAGUUGAAUGAUGGUACGAUACUUGACUUGCAUGCCAUUGGGUCCAUAGCACUUUAGUGCAUGUAUAUAGCUACUGUACCCCCAAUAUCACAUAAAAAUGAAGAACAAAAAGACAAAGAAUCCACUGUUACAAAGUUGUGAGGUUAAUCAUGUACUGUAUUUUAAUUAUUGGUGUUUCUUGCAUUAACUAGGAAGAAAGCAUUUUUAACUAAAUUAUUGUAACAGUUCAACUGUCUGUGUACAGUAUUGAUAAUUUUUGGAAAAUAUUGAGAUAUUGUUCAAACUUAAUAUUGUAAUGAAUGUCUUUAGGGUUCAGUGUAAGACAUAAUUUACCCAUAAAUAAAAGUUCGAAUUUCCAACA